GUGCAUGGAGUAAAUAACUAUAGGCUAGCUGGGAGAAGGCCUUCACUUCCGGGUGUGGCAAGAUGGCGGACGCGCAUGCGCAGAGCACGGCUGGAAAGACGCGACUAGGGGUGACCCGUGCCGCCUCUCUUCUUCCCGCCAUGGAGGUGAACCCCGCCAGCAUGGUGUGGAGCCCGGGCCUGGAGGAUGCCUCCCUCUCGGUGGCCGGCUUAGAGGUGAAGCUGGGGUCUCUGGUGACGCUGCUUCUCCUGACCCUCAUCAGUGGCCUGGCCCCCCUCUUCCUCUUCAGACGCCAAGCUGCCCCCGACAUCCUGGGCGGGCGGCGCAGAGCGCUCAGUCUCAUCAGCUGCUUCUCCGGGGGCGUCUUCCUGGCCACCUGCCUCCUGGACCUGCUGCCGGACUACCUCUCCGGGGUCAACAACGCCCUCCUGAGGAUGAACAUAACCCUCCAGUUCCCGCUGCAGGAGUUCAUCUUGGCCAUGGGCUUCUUCCUGGUCCUGGUCCUGGAGCAGAUUGUGCUGAGUUACAAGGAGCAGCCGGGGUGGUCGGAGGAGACGCACUCCCUCCUGGGCGCUGACUCCAGGAUCCCGCACACAGACCAGCCGCACGUCCACGUGGAUGUGAACGCGCACUCUGCGGUCCGGGCCGUGGUCCUGGUCCUGUCUCUGUCCUUGCACUCGGUCCUGGAGGGUCUGGCGGUGGGGCUCUUGCAGGAGAGCGGGAAGGUGCUGGAGACCUGCCUGGCGCUCCUCAUACACAAGUGCAUCAUCUCCUUCAGCCUGACGCUGAAGCUGGCGCAGGGCCGCCUCCGCCCCCGCGCCAUCCUCUCCUGCCUCCUCUUCUUCGCCUUCAUGACUCCGCUGGGCAUCGGCCUUGGCAUCGUGCUGACAGAGAACGCAGACCCCAUGCACCAGCUGAGCCGCAGCGUCCUGGAGGGCAUCGCCACAGGGACCUUCCUGUACAUCACCUUCCUGGAGAUCCUGCCCCAUGAGCUGACCGCCGGCGACCAGCGCAUUGUCAAGGUCAUCGUCAUACUGUGCGGCUUCUCUGUCAUCACCGCCAUCUUAUUCAUCAAGGUGUGA